AUGGGCUCUAAACGAAAAUGGAACCUUAAGAAUCUAGGCAACUGGGUUGGCUACUCACCAAAGACAAAAAAAUCGAAAAUAGACGAAAAUAAAGAGAAUACUCCAAUAUACCCGGAAACAUCGAAGAAUGCCUCAGGCCCUCUCAACGACGCUUCAGCAAGCAGUUUCCACAGCAAACACUGCCCACAUACCUUUUCACUUCCACACACUCCUAUUGAGGCCAGCCAGGCUCCUGAGCCAGCAGCGACAGAUUGGCAGCGCAAAACGAGAGCUUCUGCUGCUGAGAGCGACGUAGAAGGACCUUUGGACUUUCAGCCGCCGCCUCUAGCUCACCCACCUGAGGAAGACAUAGAAGAUGGAUGGCUCGAUGAUUCAGACGAUGAGGGAGUUGGUUGCGGAGAUGAACCGUUUGAUCACGAAGACGAUGAAGACAUUGACGAGCCAAAUUUAAAUGCAGAUGCUAGAGAUGACGAAAGCGGUGAAGGCGUUGAAAGCGAGCAUUCCAAUGUGCCGCUGAGCUUGCCUGCUGAUGACGAGAAUGAGAACAGACAUGACAUCAUUGCAAACGAAGACAGCAGCUACAAUCCUGAUACGCACCAUAAACCAAAGUAUGCCGGCACAUGGAUACCCGCUCCAGAUCUUGACGCGGUGUCACACUCAGUGGGGUUUCACUGA